AUGGCCUUUUCUGCUCCAGAUCUGACCACCGACGUUGCUGGCGCGUCCAACACUGCCGAGGAGGAUGCCGCAAACAACAUUUGCCUCACCAGGCUCAACCAGUCACCCGUUAGUGACUCGGGCAUAGCCACUUCCAGCCCAAGCUCACCCCUCUUUGACCACAACUUGAGCUUGCAUGAUAACAUCCGCUACACGCAGAGCGCCCUCGCUACUCGUCCAGGCCCCUCCGACAGCCCCACCCUGAACUUUAACGAUUUGAACCUCUCCUCACCCGCCAAGCGGGGCAAUGGAUCUGCCGUCGAGAGCCCACAGCCUCCCAAGAUGAUUUGCCGUUCGCGCAGUGUUGGUGAUCUGUUCUCCAAGCGCACCUUUUCCGAGCGACUAUCGGCUUCCUGUAGCAGGCAGGCCUCCGCCUCCAACAGCCCCACCCGCUUUCAUUCGACUCCUUGUUCAUCUCCGUUGCCAACGCCUACGCAUCCAGUGUCCUGCACCUACCCUAUCCGCAACCAGCGUCGCCCUUCUGGAACACUGCGCCGGCCGUCGCCCACCCCAGCCAGCGCACAACGCACCUCCUCGCCCCUGCAUAUCGUCAUGGACGAGCAGAAUGUCCUGCCCACAGUUCGAGUGGAGCACAACCAAGUCACAGGCGACACAGUCAUUGACACAGUCUGGGGCGACGGCCGCCGUAAAUUUCGUGACUACAUCAUCAUAGAUGCUCGCUAUCCAUACGAGUAUGAUGGCGGUCACUUGAUCGGCGCCGUCAACUUUUAUCUUCCAGACAUGGCGGCUGAAUACCUGCUGGCUCGCGGUGACCUUUCCCAAACACUCAUCUUAGUCCACUGCGAGUUUUCCAAGGAACGCGGUCCUGCGCUCUACCAUUAUCUCAAGCGUGUCGAGGCCAAGGCUUGCAAGAACGGUGGACAAGGCAGUCUGUUUCCCCACCUCUACGUUCUUCAUCAAGGCUACAAACAGUUUCAUGCAGAGCAUCCCACGUAUUGCUCUCCUCGUGGCUAUGUUCCUAUGACUACUGCCGCUCACAAGUCCGAGUGCCAGGCAUGUGAAAAGAAGCGCCAGCAGGUGGCAGAUUCAACCAUCCGCCGCACCCGCAAGCGGGAUUCCGCCAUUUCCAUCAAUGAAGGCGAAGUUUGCCACUUUCGCUUCUAA